CUAGUUGUCGCAGUGGGAAAGUUCAGCUACCAUGGCCUGUAACAUCCUUGGCAGUAGCAGAAGUUCAGACACCCAGAUUAAAUGGAGUCAGGAAGGACCAAAACGCAAAGAACACAGAGAAGGGAGAAGCUUACCAAGUAUCUGAGCAGCAUAUUACAGUGAACCUUGGACACAGGAACCCCUCCAAAGACACAUGGUGGAUCUUGAAGUGAGUGCAAAAGUCAAGACACAAGCUUAAUGACUUGAUUCAAGAGAUCUCACAACACAAAACCAUGCAUCAUGCAACCUAAGAUGGGAACCAGAAAGUCUUCCCAAAGAAUUCAGUCAUGAUUAAAUAUCCAACUAUUUAGGUCUGGUUUCCCAGUAAAAUGUAAACUCUCAGAAAACAGGAAUUUUGCCUUUCUUCUUCACCUUCAGCAUGCUUACCUACACACAUCAUAAAGCCUUCUAUCUACUAGAUCAUUAAUUAAUAAUUAAUAUUUGACAAAUUCUGGAUUCACAUGAUAGAAAUCACAGCCCACCCUCAGCCCUCAAGAGUUGGUUAUAAAUAAUUGUGCUCAUGUUAACUACAGAGUAAACAUUACAGAAUUAUCAUUUGAAAAUCUUUUGUUGCUGUGAUUUCCAGAUGUUCUCAGUGUCCAGAUAUUCCAGCUGUCCAUCUCCCAGAAAUCCAGCUCUGUCUCACUAUGGAGGCCACAACCUGUAACGGCUCAGUGGACAGCACCCCCGUCUUCUACCUGGUGGGCAUCCCCUCUCUACCAGAGUUCUUCUUCCUCCCCAUGUUCUUUAUUUUCCUCCUGUUCUACCUUCUCAUUCUCACAGGUAAUGCCCUGAUCCUGGUGGCCGUGGUGGCAGAGCCAAACCUUCACAAGCCCAUGUACUUCUUUCUGAUCAACCUCUCAGCCUUAGAUAUUCUUUUCACCACAACUACUGUCCCCAAGAUGCUGUCCCUCUUCCUGCUUGGGGACCACUUCCUCAGCUUUCCUUCCUGCUUACUGCAGAUGUACCUCUUUCAAAGCUUUACAUGCUCAGAAGCCUUCCUCCUGGUGGUCAUGGCCUAUGACCGCUACGUGGCUAUCUGCCGCCCACUGCACUACCCCGUCCACAUGACCCCACAGACUAAUGCUGCACUGGCGGCCAGUGCCUGGUUCACUGCCCUCCUCCUGCCCGUCCCAGCGGUGGUAAAGACUUCCCAGAUGGCAUAUAACAACAUUGCCUACAUCUAUCACUGCUUCUGUGACCACUUUGCUCUAGUCCAGGCCUCCUGCUCCGACACCACCCCACAGACCCUCAUGGGCUUCUGCAUCGCCAUGGUGGUCUCCUUCCUCCCCCUUCUCCUGGUGCUUCUCACACCAAUUCUUAACCCGCUCAUUUAUACCCUGAGAAAUAAGGAUGUCAAGGCUGCCAUCAUGAAAAUUGCAUAUCUCAAAAACCAGGCAGGGACAGAAACAUUUAACCUUUAA